UUUCUUGGAGAGGUUCGUUCAAUAAUAAUGGCUAAUAAGCUACAAAUAGUUCCUGCCAUUAAGAAUGUGGAACCUCAAUAUGUGGAGAUGAAGGUGCCUCUAUAUUCAUAUGGCUGUGAGAAGAAAAUUAAGAAGGCAUUGUCACAUUUAAGAGGGAUACAUUCCGUGGAUGUCGAUUACCGCCUUGAGAAGGUCACGGUGUGGGGAAUUUGCAACAGAGAUGAUGUGCUUGCCACCAUCAGGAAGAAGCGAAGGGGAGCUCACUUUUGGGACGAAUCGACGCCGGAAAUCCACAAGGAGGGGGACCCAGCUGAAGAGAGAGCUGAGAUCAAAAAGAUUUCGCGAUUGGCGAGUUUUAACAGCAACAAAUUUAGAAAGUCCUGGAAGAAAUUGUUCCCUAUUGUCCUGUACUAGAGAGAGAGCAAGUUCUAUAACAGUACACUACUGUAUAUACAAAUAUCAUAUUUGAUCAGACUCAUUUUGCAUAUAUAUAUAUAUAGUUGAGCUGGAAUACUUUCAAAAGCACAAAGGGGGUGGUGUUUUUGAAUUUAUCGCCAUUAGAUGGAGAG